GUAAGUUAGUAGUCAGGCCAGGUAAGAUGGAUGAUGAUGAGCAUCUGGGCAGCGUAUAGAAGCCUGGGGAAUCAAGCCUUUGGAGAUAUAUAAGAAUGUCAUGUCUUCAAGUACAUUUAGUUCUUCAGACGAAACAGAGAUUUCUACUUCUCAUCACACAGUCCUAGCCUCUAAAUAAUCUCCACGAGUUUCGCGGUUCUUCACAUCUUCCUUUAAGUUCUAUACCCGUUCUUCAUUUACAUACCAUUUCAAAAUGUCUACCACCAACGUGUCUACUCCAAUCCCUGCUGGUCUUGAGGUUGAUGCCGUGCUAACUGCGCUACACAACCAUGACUUGAUGAUCAAGACCCUCUGCCCAGCUCUCAUUUCUUACGAAUUCGAGUCUGGCGAUGCGAAGAGCACUGCUACCUAUUCUGUAACAGACAAGAAGCCUAUUGGCCAGACAACCUACAAGCUCACACUCACCAACGUCCCCGACGGCGUCGACUCUCUCGUCAACGCCAAGCCUCCAGUGGGCGUGCUCACCAUUGCAGGAAAGUGGCGUGUCAAGGACGGCAAGCUGGUCGAGGAUGUAGAGAUUGAUGGAAAUUUCAUGAUGAAAAAGAUGGCCAAGGGAAAUGUUGAGAAGACGCACCCGGAGCAGCAUGGAAAGCUGUUGGAGUCAGCUAAGGCUUAGACAGUGGACUAGUGAUGGAGGGGAACUACUCCCCGGGGCUUGGUUGUUGAGAUUCCUAUUUCGAGCAUUACCAUUCAUCUUCUGAGGCGUUUAUGCUG